AUGACGUCAAAAACAUGCCAAGAGUGCAAAAUGUGCAGCCGAGGAUUGCAAUUCUACAAUAUUCCCGCGGUAUCUACCAGAGAAACAUAUACAUUUGUCAAGAGUCCACGUGCUGUUUUUCAUACAAAGAAGAAAUACCGGAACCCUCCUACGGUUGAAAAAGGAACAGGACUGAGGGAAAUCAAUGAAUAA